AUGCCGGAUUCUGACUACCGACGCACUUCAAAGGCAUGUGACCCAUGCAAGCGACGCAAAGUCAAAUGCAACGGCCAGGCCCGCUGCCAGCAAUGCACACAUGCCGGCCUGCCAUGCACCUACACAACCACCCCACCAGAUCGCCCGCGCAAGAAAGCCGUACGGCGGGGAACUGUUAUUGCCGAGUGCCGUACCUUGAUCUCCAAGUCAGCCCAUUCAAACUCACUGCCUCCCCCACAAGCUUUAUCGGCUCAAAUCCCCCAGUCAAUCACGUCGCAUCCGAACCCAACAUUCUUCCUCGAGCUCUUGAGCGACUACGAGCAGUAUGUGUACCCGAUGAGCCCGGUCAUUCCAGCCGAUACGAUCCAUGACAUGAUCUUGAAUAUGGCCGACAGCACUGACGCCGCAUCUUUUGCCUACAUCUUCGCAGCGGUCACCCUGGGCUUGGCGAGAAGCGAGCCCGUUCAGGAUGUACCCGCCACGUGCGACCGUAUUGCAAUGUUACUCACCCGCUCGCUAGAGCUGCGCCUUCCUUUCGGCCUCGAGUCCCAGCCUGGUGUUGAGCAUGUUAUCAGGGAUGUCUUUACGGAGAUGAGCUGCAUGUCCCUGCGCCGUCCGGAACUAGGCCAUAUGUAUCUUCGUGAGGCGAUUUCCUUGCUGUACAUGUUGAAUGCGCAUUCGGAGGAUGAGCUGGCUGUAAUUGAGCCUACACAGCGUGCUCGCUUGCAGCGGGCGUAUUGGGAGUGCUUUAUACAUGAGAGAUUUACGGCGUUGACGUACCAUCGACCGACAUCCUUAGAUCCGUUACCCGCACUGCCAGAUCACGAUGCGUCACUUCCUGCAGAUGUCGAGAUAGGAUUCAAUUACUGCAUCAAGAACUUUUGCAUUAUUGACAGGCAGUUUCUUGAUUUCUGGCUAGGCGAUCGGUCUGGAGUCACAGCUGGAUGGGUCGAAGAGAAACAGCACCAGCUUGAGGAUAUCGAUUGGCAUUGUGAAGUCUCCCGGCUACCGAAGAUGCAGCAGGCAGAUCUGAUUAUCACAAGGCAUUGGCUUCGUACGCUGACUUGGCAAAUGGGCUUGUCUAAUACAUUGUUGUCCUCAUCGCCUGAGUCUUCGAUCUUACUUUCUCUCUCUUUCCCGCUGCGUCUGUCCAACCAGCUUCGCCAGUUCCUCAUUACGAUUCCGCGGGAUUUGGUGGGCAUUCAUGGCUCUGGUAUUCUGAAAAAGCUAUUUGAAAUCGCCAAUACUAUAGCUGAUGUCGUGCUUCAUACUCCGUACACACCUGGUGAUGAUACAGUGCAGCGCAUCCAUGAUAUUAUGUUUCUCAAGAAGUUUGUAUAUUCUUUUGCUGGACUGCAAAACCUGUGGCCAGAGUUUUUGACUCAGAAAUUUGAGAUGAUUCGGGACAAGUACCCGGGGAUCAAAGAAAUGGAGUUACUUGUAUGA